AUGGGCGAGGUCGGGCCGACUUCUGUGUUGGAGACUUUUGGCAAGACCGACGGCCCCACUACAUGGAUUUCCAACCGGAACCACGAAUUCGGCAUCGAUCCCCCGCCGCCGAACGGGCCAGGCACACUGGACCAACGCAGAUUGGUACAACUGCAGGAUGGAGCAGCGGCUAAAUUGCCAGAGACCAGGGAAGCCCCUGUGGAUGUGCAGGCCAAUGACGUCAUCGAGAUUUUCGUAGAAGGUUUCGGGCGCGUGUACACCCGCGAAAACACGGAGCAGGAGUGCAGUGCACUACCACGUGCGUCCAACAUGGCCCUCCUCAGUGCCCUGACUGUCGAGUAUCAACGAGUACGGCCGAUCAAGGAGACGUUUCGCGACGAUGACAUCAAUGAGGCCAAAGAUAAAACGGGCGAAUGCCCUGACGUGGAGAGAAAUGUCUCCAACGCCGGAUACGUCACCGUGUCGGCGCUUUUUUAUUUCGUUGAAAGCGAUGGGCCCGUGGCUGACGUGGGCAGCUGUCUUGGUCUCGUCGGCUGGGUGGGCAAGCACUUGUUGCGCGCAGGACAGGAGCACUCGCAGAACGUGCCAGCUCAGGCGAAUGGUCCGUCAGCCACCACGCUGACGUUUGCGUCGUCCGGAACAGCAAAUUCCACCGAAGUCCAACGGAAUCGUAUUCCUGAGUAUCUCCCGAGUGCCAGUGACAGCUCGGAUCUGCAAGGCUGGCCCAAGGGCCGCAGGGGCCGGCGCUCGCACUCGCAGCCGUACGGCUCCUACGGCUACGACUACAACAAGCCCGAAAGCACCACUUCCACGACAACAACGGUUGAGACCGCAGCGCAGGGGGUUGAGUUCAGCUUCGUCUUGCAGAUCAACGCCAGCAGUUUGGAGGAGGUGCUCGCUGCCUUCCAGAACCAGACGGCGCAGGAAGGCUUUAAACAGCAGUUCCUCGCCAUUUUUGGCUCGGAAUUUGUGGAAAGCUUGGAUAUAUCCUUUCCAACCAAUAUAUCAAAUACCACAUCGGUCAGCCUGGCUCAACGCAAUCAAUUCCUCAACGUUGAGCUGCUCGCCAUCAACAUCAAGGCCGAUGUCGACGCACGGGGCGUGGAGGAGUUCGCAGCACACUGGCGCGGUGUCGAUGCCACUGGGAACACCAUUAACUAUUUGAUUGACAUAUUGGACGACUAUUUCCCAGAUGUUGGCGAUCAAGUCCAAGAUGCGAACAUCAAGUUGAUCUUUGUGGAGGCCGGCGGGAUCAUGGAGAAGUUUGGCGAGGAAUGGAGGCUCGUGUAUCGGCAAUCUCGUGGAUACAAGUUUGCCAAAGGCCAAAGAACUCUGAACGCAGACAAUCCCGCCGCAGCGAACUUCGCCGAUUUGGACAAUCUUGAGUCCUUGAAAAGCAACGGCCGGUACCUCUUUAUGAUGGUCUGGAAAGAUUGGGGAGAGAACAUUUGGGUUCAAUCCUCGAACCCUGUGACAUCGCGGGGCGUUACCGGUUGGGAAGCCGUCAACUACAGGCACCAAAGUACGACGUAUUGGUGGAAGCCGUCCGGGCUGAUGCUGUCGCCGGGUGGCCGGGAUGGAUUUUCCUUCCUGACAACGUGUGACAUUGUGGCUGCCGCUGGAUCCGAAGCUAACCCCUUGGAUGAGGAAGUGUGUGUCGUGUGGAGCGGCACCAAUUACCAGCCGAUCCUCCCUUCCCCAUUCCCGGGCAAAAAUGUCCCAGCCGUCGAGCUUUGGGUCUCCACUGACAACAAGGCUUGGGUCGAACUUGGCCACGCGGAGGCUCUGCACGAGCACUCUGGGCGGGAACGGCCCCGGAUGGCGAGUUGCAGGGGAGAUGCGAACGGUUACGUUUGGCUAUUCGGCGGCGGGACAGGUGGUGCCUCGUAUGGUGCCGACCUCUGGAUCUACGACCCUGAUGCCACGGGUGACAAGUGGAGGAAGAUGACCGUCACCUCAUCAUUUAAGCCCCGCGUUCGGCCCUGGGACUCUACCUACCUGGUUGACGCAGAGGAUCGCUCUACGCCGUAUCUCGUGCAUAACCAAGGAACCGGAAUGAAUAUUUGGGGUUUUGACCACGACGGCGGCUCUUCGGUGAACUGGUGGUACAAGCAGUUUAGCUUCUCAGGAGGAAAUGGUUCUCCCAUACCAGUGCGGACGGGCUUUGCUGCUGUGUACACGCCUUACGGUAGCAUGUGCUCUCGUUGCUUGUUCCUGUACGGGGGCCAGCCUAACAACGGCGAGUCGGCGGACAACAAGAUGUACAGGUUUGAGAUGAUAUACAUAACCAACUUCAGAAGCCGGGGGACCAUGCCCUUUGCAAGCCGCCGUGACCAUGCCAUGGUCUGGGCAAAAGAGCUGAACCAAAUUCUCGCCGGAGAGCCCAGAUACUGUUGCAAGUGCAAUGACCCAAGCAUGUAUCGAGUUGUCCGCCCUGGUCGCUACAGCACGUGA